AAACGGAGGUGGGAGAAUAUCAUCGUUACUCAUCAGUUUCCAAAAUCGAAAGAUCCGGAUGCCCACGUCGGCUGCGGCGGUGCUCUUACCACGGCCGCCACCGCCACCGCCGCCGCCGGCGGGGGCACCGACCGAGCCCGACGACGACGAAGGCUCCCUCCAUUCCCUCCUCGCCUCCCUCUCCUCCUCCUCCGCGCUCCGCCUCCUCCCCUUCCCACUCCUCGCCUUCUCCCGCCUCCGCCGCCACCUCCCGCCCGCCGCAGGCACCUCCCACCUCCUCCUCCGCCCCGUCGCCGCUCUCCUCCAUCACCACCGCUCCCACCUCCGCCUCGGCGUCCAGCUCCACGCGCUCUCCCUCUCCCUCGGCCUCUCCCGCCACCCCAUCCUCCUACCGCGCCUCCUCUCCGUCUACACCUCCCACCCCUCCCUGCUCCCCUCCGCCGCCUCCGUCGCCGCCGACUCCACGCUCCCGCUCCCCUACAACGUCCUCAUCUCUUCCUGCCUCCGCCAUGGACUCCCGCUCCAGGCCCUGGCGGCCUACCAGGAAAUGGGCAAGAACGGCGUGCUCCCGGACGUCUUCACCUACCCCUCCGUCCUCCGCGCCUGCGCUGAGGCCAGAGAACUCGUGCUCGGGCGGGCGGUGCACAUGCACGCCGCGGGCGCUGGGAUGGACGGGAAUUUGUUUUUCCAGAACGCGCUGAUGUCAAUGUAUGCCAAGUGUGGGGAUCUUGCCUCUGCACGCAAGGUGUUCGACGGUAUGGUCCAGAGGGAUGUGGUAUCAUGGAAUUCAAUGAUAUCAAGCUAUGCAGCGGUCGGGCAAUGGGCAGAGGCUAUGGAGCUGUUUCGGAGGAUGCGAGAUGAGGGGACAGAGGUGAACUCGGUGACUUGGAACACUAUCGCCGGGGGGUAUAUUCAGAUGCGUGAUUACAGGGCAGCGGUAGGGCUUAUUAGGGAGAUGGUUAGAGGUGGUGCAGAGGUGGAUUACGUGACACUGGUGAUUGGUUUGAAUGCUUGCUCACGAGUUGGGUGGCUGAGGCUUGGAAAGGAGAUCCACGGGCUGGCAGUGCGUAUGUGCUGUGACCAAGUUGAGAGUGUCAGCAAUGCGUUGAUCACGAUGUAUGCUAGGUGCAAGGAUAUGGAGUGUGCUCGCAUGUUGUUCAGGAUGCUGGAGUGCCCUGGGGUGGUGACGUGGAAUACAAUGCUAUCUAGUUUUGCACUGUCAGAUUGUGCAGAAGAGGCUUCUAGUAUUUUCCGUGAAAUGAUAUGCAGAGGUGUGAAACCUAAUUAUGUUACUGUUGUUACCUAUCUUGCUCUUUGUGCCCGUGUUGCAAAUCUUCAACAUGGGCAGGAACUUCACGGUCACAUUGUUAAGCAUGGUUUCAAAGGGUAUCGCUUGUUAUGGAACUCCCUUAUUGACAUGUACUCCAAAUCAGGGAGGUUGUCGGUAGCACAAAAUGUCUUUGAUACCAUGGAUGACUGUGAUAUGAUAUCUUACACAUCAAUGAUAGCAGGAUAUGGAAUGCAAGGUAAAGGAACAGUUGCACUUCGCCUUUUUGAGCAGAUGAUUGAUAGUGGGAUCAAGCCCGAUCAUAUAAUCAUGGUCACUGUACUCUCCGCGUGUAGCCACUCUGGACUUGUGCUUGAAGGAGAAGAACUUUUUAACAAGAUGGUCAUUUCAUAUGGUAUUAAACCCCAGAUGGAGCAUUAUUCUUGCAUGAUUGAUCUAUACGCACGUGCUGGACUAUUGGAAAAAGCAGAGGAAAUGCUUGACCAUACCCCUUUUCCUCCAACGUCGACUAUGUGGGCAGCAUUAGUUGGGGCUUGUCAUGACAGAGGCAACAUAGAAAUUGGUGAAAGGGCAGCAAGGAAACUUUUGGAAAUGAGGACAGAGAAUGCUGGGCACUAUGUUCUGAUUGCUAACAUGUAUGCAGCUGCUGGUUGCUGGGAUGAACUAGCAACAGUCAGGAAACUAAUGCGUGACUUAGGUGUCACAAAAGCACCUGGGUUAGCAUGGACUGAUCUUGGCAAUGGGUUCACCCCUUUUUUAGUUGGAGAUAGAUCAAACCCUCUAGCACCGGAGAUCUAUGUGGUUUUAGAUGAAUUAUCUGAGCAAAUGAGGAAUAUCAAUAAUUGCAGUGAUCUAGACAUAUUAGCGGAAAACAUAGAAUAAACAGGUAAUGAUAGGACGUGAAGGAAAUGUUCUUGCUUUUUGUGUAGUAGAGAUCACAAUGAACUCCAAAAAUGAGAUGGUGCAGUGAGUCACAAAGAUCCAAAAAAUGAAGCAGCAGCACAUAGAUAUAUGGAUCAAUUCUGGAGAAAAUUGCUACAAAAUGGACACUGCAACAUAUGUAGGUUUCUAACUGAUAUGUCAAUUGCUUGCAUUGCCUUUUGAAACUGCAAAAUAAUGUGCUCAAGUCAAUUGCCCACAAGACACUUACUUUUCUUGGCUAGUGAUACAUCUUAGACACCAUCUUGAAGCACAUUUGAUUUUACAUCAAUGUGGUUAUUGGUUUCCCUUCGUUAAUACACAAUAAUAUGCCGUUGUCACACUUUCCAUGCAGCCUUAAUCUGGCCCAAGAUUUUUUUUUCAACAAAAAAGAAGCUUUCUAGUAGAUAGUAUUAUUUGUCCUUUCAUUUAUUAGAUCAAAAUUAAUUCAACACACGAUCAUAUACUAUCAGAAGUAGUUACAAAAUUCAUCUAAGAUUGAUAGAACCAUGUAAUAAUUGUUAUCUGAGGAUGAGAACUGUAUCUUAUCAGUUUGAUUAGAAAUUGGUCCUAAUUUCAUGAUAGUGAUACCCUGCCUAGAUCGAUUCAGUGAUAUUUACAACAUUUCCGUUUACUUCUAGAUGAAUACAAUAUUUCAAUCUUUUCCCAGAACACAAUUAAUUGACUCCAGACCAGUAAUUUUGGUACAGCAAUCUCCUGUUAAGUUCAAUUUCACUGAACUUAGGAUAAACCUGCUUGAAUGUACUGAGAAAGGAAUCCUGUUGGUAACCACUGUUUGCCUUCAAUUUUCUGGUUAAACUUUUAAACUGUUUAGGCUCAUGUUCUACAAAGUAGUUAUCAUUUAAUUCCACGUCUUCUGCUUUCCUUCUGAAGACUACUGAUAUAGAGCACAAUACUUUGUUAACUUUUCCUUGAUUGUUGAUCCCUCUUUUCAAUACAUGAUGAUAUUUAGAGUUGAAGUUACAUUAAAUUUCCCAGAUAGCUCAUUUGAUGGACAACAUAAUUGUUGUAUUUUUUUUUUGUAACCCUGAGUUACAAAACCAAGCAUAAAUUGGUAUUCUUCCCUUCCAUGUAUCUUGUUUCUUGGAACUAGAUUUUGCACUAUCCUCUCAUCCUCUGCUAAAAUAAAACUGGAACUAUUAUUAUUGCUAUUUAACUAUGUGAAGCUGAAAAGUUUUUACUGCUGCUGCUGUUUUCAACAGUAAUAAAAGGAUUGAUUAUAUGUGAAAUUCUUAUAUUUGGCAGGUUCAUGGUGUGCGGAAGCCUAAGUAAAAUUUGUAUACGACCUUUCUAUAUUACAUUACACUAGCCAUAAAACGGAUACUUCAAUUAGUUAGGCUUACUUUUGAAUUGUGUUGGCCUGCAACAUGUGGUUAUUUUCACUACCUUUGGAUGUAUUACCUAACUGAUAACCUCCUUAAUAUUGCUAUAACAGAACUAUUUUAGCAGAAUAGGUAAAGAUUCUCUCAACUAGCUACAUUCCAAUUUCCAAAGCUGCACUACACCGAAGUCAGUAAAGGAAACCUGGCCAUUUUGCUCAAAUAUGAUCAAACUAGACACACAAGCACAGAAAACUCAAAUACGAUUCUGCCUUGGACAUUGGAAGCACACAGAAGCUCAAAUAGGAUCCAGCUUCCACAGAGCAUAGACAAAUAUAUCUGCCCGCUUAGGUGAUGUGGCAUCCCAAUCGGCACAUGAGUUUGAUGCCUCUAUGUCUACCUAUGUCUACCUAAAGGCAGCUAAUACUUAGCAGAAGACGCAGCAAAAGGUUGCAAGUACUGCAGUGUACACAAACAAGCCAUUGCCAUCAGCAAGGGAUUGGGAUGCAUGUGUGGCAGUGACGGCCAUGGAAUUCUGAUUGGACAAAUUGGAGGCUGGAAUGGAAGUGCUUUCCCUUGGUUCAGCCCACUAGAGAUGGAAACGAUGCAAUUCCAUAUGGUUGCAAGGGAAGUGAUCGUAGCAGUUACAGGAGAGAGCGGAAUAGAACUACUGAACUAGGAGGGGCUGAUAUGCAGUCAGGUUUAUCCUGUGGCAGCCAUGUCACCUAACACAAGGAUUCACUCUCUUGACAAAAUCUCCGCUGAAAUUUGGUUGAGAAUUGCUGAUCUUGGCUGACGUCUGGUAGGAAAAUAAAAAAGAAUACCUGAUUUUCUUUUCAAAAUUUCUGCUUCUUCACAUUAUCACACUGGUUUAACUCUAUCUAGAAGGGGAAAUUGGAGUCUAGAACAGCUUCAAGAAGGUGAAAUUGGUGUCAUUAGUUUUCUUUUUCUAAUAAACAUUCAAGAAGGGGAAAAUCGCCGGUUACCGCUUUUCAUAGCCUCUACUUGAAAUUAUUGUAAACAGGGAGUGUUGACCCUGCUUAGAACUAUUUAUUAGAUCACCAAUUUUAUGUGAUUUGCAUUAGAUACAGGUGAAAUAAGUAAUAUGUUUUGAAGUUGAGGGUGAGAAUUAGAAUCUGAAAAGAGUUGGACGAAAUGUAGAUGUUUUUCCAAUCGCUUGAUUCUAUAAUCCUCCACUUGUCGUUUUGUGUUUUUA